AUGUGUGAGGGCGUGGGCGUGCGUGGGUGGGGUCGACGCCAGUGUGGGCGGUCUGAGGGCGUGGCACAGGUGCUGGUGGAGGCUGCGAGGGUGGGCGUAACACAGUGCCAGGCACUCCUGCAGCACCAUAGAUGGAACUGCUCCCUUGAUGGCACCAGACUCAUGAUAAUGAGAAGAGAUUUAAUGUUCAUUCUUCUCCCUCAAGUGUUUCCGGAAACAGCUUUUCUGCAAGCACUUUCCGCGGCAUCGAUGACCUUCGCCGUGGCCCGCUCCUGUGCCCUGGGGCAUCUUACCCACUGCCCCUGUGGCGCUUCCCACCAGAAUGAAGUCGAUACCCUGCGGGCAUGGAGCUACGGGGGCUGUAGUGACAACAUCAGCUACGGUGAAAGAUUCACAGAAAAAGUCUUCUUUGGCUCAAGACGAAGGAAGCUUAGACCUUUUGGGUUGAUGGUUGCUGGUAUAGGUCUUAGGUCACCACCAGUCAAGUUUCCUCAACUCACUAGAGACAUUAAGUCCCAAAUCGACUCCCACAAUGCCCGAGUCGGGAUAAAGACGAUGGUGAGGUCAGGGCAGCAGAUGUGCAAAUGCCACGGGGCGUCAGGCUCCUGCAGCAUGAAGACCUGCUGGAUACAGCUGCGGCCUAUCGUGGAGGCCGCCAGAGUGCUCAAGCGGCUCUACAAGGCCGCAGUCCUCGCCAGAAGUAAUAACCACGUCCAGAUGACCAAGAGAUCCGGUAAGAGGAAGCUUAGACCACCUCGAGCUGCUCUCAACUCUUCAGCAACACACAAGAACUGCACCAAGUCCUCUCAAGACUGCAACAACUUUCUUACCAAGUCGUUUAAAAUGGAAAACCAAGAUCGUCAACUUGUCAAACAGGCACACACAAGGUCCAGAAAACGCCAGACGAGACACACCAACACAUUAUUAUUUAGUCAGCCCUCCCGAGGUCGACAGAGAACGGAGCAAAGCCCUUUAGAGAAUGGAUUUGACCAGAGACUCAUGAAAACACCCCUUGGCGACCUCACCAAGCUAGUCUAUCUAGACAAAUCGCCCAACUUCUGUCGUAGAACCAAGUAUGGAGCCGGAACUAGAGGUCGGUCGUGCCACAGCAGGAGGAACUGCGAUGUAUUGUGCUGUGGGCGGGGUUACGACACCGCCCUGGCCCUCCUGAAGGAGUCGUGCCAGUGCCAGGUCGUCUGGUGUUGCGAAGUCCAGUGCCACAGCUGCUCUCGCACUAUAGAGGUCCUCACCUGUAAAUAA